CCCCGCCCCUCCCGCUCCGCUCCGCUGGUGUUGUGAAGUUUGCAGGUCGGAGUUGGGAGAAGUUCGCAGCGCGAGUUUAACCAUUAAAACUGGACUCAGUUUAACCCCGGGAGAGCAGACCAUGGCGGAGCUGUCGUUCGUGAUCCCGAUGUGUGUGAUGACCCUGUUCUGGGGCAUUGUUGGAGGAGUGGUGCCGUGGUUUAUUCCUAAAGGACCCAACCGAGGGGUUAUUGUGACCAUGCUGGUGCUGACUGCAGUCUGCUGCUACCUGUUUUGGCUGAUCGCGAUACUAGCACAACUGAACCCGUUGUUUGGGCCAGCGUUGAGCAACGACACCAUCUGGUACCUUUAUUAUCACUGGGCAUAGCUUAUCAUGCGUCAGAUGCUUGUACAGUAACCAAAGUUUAAGUCUUCACUUUCUCAAAAAGGAAUACGUCUCAUUCCUGAGGCCUUAUGUAAAGUUCUGACUGAAAAAAAAUUAGUUGGGCUGUGAUGUUUGUCACAAACUGCUGUAUAGACUGGUGUUGUGAUCUUUGAAAAAACACACUGAACAAACCAAACAUGCCUUGUUAAAUCCCCCAUUGUAUUGGUACAUUUACCCUGUGGUGGUGUAAUGCAUUUCCUUGUCAUUCCUUAUUUUGUAUUUAUGUAAAUGUGAGUAAAUGGCUACGAAUAAAGAUUUGGAAAUGAA